AUGUACAUCAUGAUUAAGGUCAUCCUGCUUGUGAGUUUUCUGUUUCUGGUGGACAGAUCUUUGUCUUCACCAAUAAAACAAAGCAAAACUAAAGUCCUUAUUCUUGGCGCUGGACUCGCUGGAAUUAAAGCAGCGAAAACGCUACUGGACAGAAACAUCACCGACAUUCUGAUUCUGGAAGGGAUGAAUUACACUGGGGGUAGAAUACAUGCUGUGAAAUUUGCAAACUACACGAUUGAAACGGGAGCAAACUGGAUUCACUUUGUGAAUGAAGAUGACACCAAACCAUUGGUGGAACGAAAGGAAGCGAGAGGUGUUCGUGUUCACAAAUAUAAUUAUUCAAACAUUAUUGUGAGGGACGAAGAUGGCAGAGAUGUCACCGAUUUUGCUGUUUUUCAUGAGUUUGAUGACAAAGUGACAAACAAAAUUGAAGACUUCCAAGAUGAAAGAAGAACAAAGAACUUUCCCGACAUGCCUGCCCGCGUUGGUCUUCGACUGAUGGGAUGGGAAGGAAAACGGCCCAUAGAAAGAGCCAUUGAAUAUUUUGAAUUAGACUAUGAGUUCGCAAAACCUCCAGAAGAAGUUUCUUUCUACAAUUUGUUUGUUCCUGGAGAAGAGUUCUUGGUGACUGAUGAGCGAGGAGUGUGGUCUAUGUUUGAAGAUCUGUAUAAGCCACUGGAAAAGAAGACUUUAUUGGGCAAAACUGUCACAACAAUCAAGCUGAACCCGGAUUCAGUUGAAGCUCAGACCUCCGAUGGUUGGAGUUACCAGGCAGAUUACGCUCUUUGCACAUUCAGCUCUGGAGUUCUGGCCAGCGACUUGGUUACUUUCGAGCCAGCCCUUCCAAAUUGGAAAAAAGAGGCCAUUUAUAAAAACCCGUUAUCGAUAUACACAAAAAUUUACCUGAAAUUUCCAAAAAGGUUCUGGGAUGAUCGCGAAUAUAUUCUGUACGCUUCCAAAGAGCGCGGGCGUUUCCCUGUGUGGCAGGACCUGUCAAGACCCGGGGUAUAUUCCGUCGACAGCGGAAUGUUAGAAAUUAUGGUAACUGGAACCGAAGGACGAAGGAUUGAGGGGCAAUCAUUUAAUGAAACAAAGGCAGAGAUCAUGAAAAUACUGCGGAAGGUUUAUGGAGAGGGCGUCCCUGAAGCUACGGAUAUAUACUAUCACCGCUGGUCAAAGGAACCGCUGACACAAGGCGCAUUUUCAGAGCCAGUGGUGGGUAUGACUUCUGAAGACUGGAAGAACAUUGGAAAAAACCUGGGACGACUGUACUUUGCUGGCGAAGCGACACACGAUGAGUGGUUCGGCUACAUGCAAGGAGCUUAUCUAAGUGGAGACGAGAAAGGGAAAAGAAUCGCUGAACAGAUCUCCCCGUCUGAGCCUACCAGUAAGCCACGAAAACCGAAGAGUGAGGCAACUUCGGUGAAGGUGUCUUCAUUAGGAAUCUUGUUGCUUUCCUAUUUUUGCUCACGUCUCUAUAUUUAAGGUGUAGCUUGACAAAGGAUCAAUUUAGUUACGAUAAUUUUUUUGCUUGAGUAGUAGUUGCAUUGGUAGUGAAAUAAUGAAGCUCCUCCUGUGAAACACUAGUGUAAUAUCAAUUAAAAAGCUAACGAUAAUUCAUGAAUUUUCAUUUUUCAAACUUCACCUAAGACGGUAGACGUUUAUCGACAUGUCUAAAUGUAAU